AGAAACCAUAAGCAACAGUCAAACCAUAGAUAGACAAAUGUAAUUUUAUUAUUUUAUUCAUCUUGAUGUUCUUGAUGAAAAUAUUGUGUCAACAUGUCGGAUAAUGAAGACUUGUUGGCAGACGAUUUAGGGGACCAUAGCCUUGCAGAUUAUAACCUUGGCAAUGAAGAGGAGGAUCAACUCUUAGCUGAUGACUACGAAAGCGGUCCCCAGAACGUUCCAACAUCGAUUGAUCCAAACUACAAUGAUGGAAGUGAUAUUAGCUCUUCAGAAUUCUCAGGACAUGGCAUGCCAUACAUUCAACAACCAUAUCAACCUCCUGCAGAAGAAUGUGUGGUCCCCAACAUAACUGUAGAGGUGCCCAACAUUCCAGACAGACCCAUCCAGGACCGCUCCACUUAUGCCCCUUACGAGCCUCCUGUGUAUGAACCAGAGCAUGCUGUUGUACCACCUGCAAUUCCUGCAGCACCUAUUGAAUCUCCGCAAAUAGUGCCAUCAGAACUGAGUGUUACUGUCCCAAAUGGCGAGAACCGCGAACGGUUUUUAUCUGAGCGGCCUCCCGGUGCCCAGCGAACACCACAACUUCGUGAUAUUCCUGAUUCUCUAGACAAGGUGUUCGUCCCGCGCGGCGGGUACGGCGGCGCGCGCGGGCGCACGUCGUGGCGCAGCGCGCAGUUCCAGGCGCGCUUCCCGCCGCCCUACAACAACGCCUACCGCCGCCACAACCUGCACCGCGGCAAUUUCCUUCAACAACGUCCUUCAUUCCCUCCGCCGCAAGUCCGACCAACGCCUCCUCAAAUCAGACCUGAACCAAGGCCAGAACAAAUACGGCCAGAUAUUGGACCUGACCAAAUCAGACCACCUGUGAGACAUGAGCAAAUCCGCCCAGACAUUCGGCCCGAUAACAGGCCUAGACCUGAAAUGAGACCGGAACCCAUGCCACCCAUGGGACCAGAGAUUUCCCCAGAAAGACCAAUAAUCCAAGAACCAUUUAGGCCCAUGGAAAAUCGGCCUCCAUUCCAGAACUUUCAAAGAUUCCCAUUCAGGCCAAACAUGGAGGAGCCGCGUCCGAACUUCGGACCAAUAAGACCUAACUAUGAGCCCAGAUUCUUCCAGAGACCUCUAUUUAAUCCGAGACCAUUCGGCCCCCCAGUCAGAGAAGUCGUUCCUAACAGCCAACACAUGCCUCAGAUUACGAUUAGGCAACCGCUGCCAGGCUUGCCACUGCCCGCUAACGUACCUAAGCUGGAUGAAUUUGGGCCAAAACCGCCAGGAAGAGAACCCGAAGUGAGGAUGUUACCGGUCCAACUGCCGCCCACCUUGCCUGGAGCAUUGGCUGGGAAGAAAGUUCUUAUCAAUCCGCAUUUUAAAGGAAAUUUUCAACCUCCCGUUGAAGCCACGAUGCGUGCAGGGUUGGCGCUGCCCACGUACAUUCCCACGCGCAUUCAAAAGUCGCCACCCUUGAGCCCUACGCUGGAAAACAAAUUCGGUCCCAUCAAGGAUAUUGACGACGCCGCAGAGCGGUUCAUCGCGGAACAGAGAAACGCGCUGGCGCGGGCAGCCAAUAGAAAGUUCCCUAGGCGAUCUCCUCAAAGAUACAUAGAGAACACGACGAUAGAGAUCGAGAACGAGCUGGCUCCCGAAGCGAGCUCGUGGCGAGGCGACGACGACCUGCUGCGGCGCCAGGAGGAGUUCAUCAACGCCAACCGGCAGGGCCUGCGGCGCCGCAUGCGGUCCCCGACGCCGCCGCGCCGCUCGCCGCCGCCGCCGCCGCCGCGCCACAGCCCCGAGCGGCGCCGCGCCGACCGGCCCGAGCGCCCGGAGCGGCCCGAGCCGAGGCGCCCGCCUGACGAGGUAAUACAUACAUACAUGCGGUCUCCGACGCCGCCGCCGCGCCACAGCCCCGAGCGGCGCCGCGCCGACCGGCCCGAGCGCCCGGAGCGGCCCGAGCCGAGGCGCCCGCCUGACGAGGUAAUACAUACAUACAUGCGGUCUCCGACGCCGCCGCCGCGCCACAGCCCCGAGCGGCGCCGCGCCGACCGGCCCGAGCGCCCGGAGCGGCCCGAGCCGAGGCGCCCGCCUGACGAGGUAAUACAUACAUACAUGCGGUCUCCGACGCCGCCGCCGCGCCACAGCCCCGAGCGGCGCCGCGCCGACCGGCCCGAGCGCCCGGAGCGGCCCGAGCCGAGGCGCCCGCCUGACGAGGUAAUACAUACAUACAUGCGGUCUCCGACGCCGCCGCCGCGCCACAGCCCCGAGCGGCGCCGCGCCGACCGGCCCGAGCCGAGGCGCCCGCCUGACGAGGUAAUACAUACAUACAUGCGGUCUCCGACGCCGCCGCCGCGCCACAGCCCCGAGCGGCGCCGCGCCGACCGGCCCGAGCCGAGGCGCCCGCCUGACGAGGUAAUACAUACAUACAUGCGGUCUCCGACGCCGCCGCCGCGCCACAGCCCCGAGCGGCGCCGCCCCGACCGGCCCGAGCGCCCGGAGCGGCCCGAGCCGAGGCGCCCGCCUGACGAGGUAAUACAUACAUACAUGCGGUCUCCGACGCCGCCGCCGCGCCACAGCCCCGAGCGGCGCCGCGCCGACCGGCCCAAGCCGAGGCGCCCGCCUGACGAGGUAAUACAUACAUACAUGCGGUCUCCGACGCCGCCGCCGCGCCACAGCCCCGAGCGGCGCCGCGCCGACCGGCCCGAGCCGAGGCGCCCGCCUGACGAGGUAAUACAUACAUACAUGCGGUCUCCGACGCCGCCGCCGCGCCACAGCCCCGAGCGGCGCCGCGCCGACCGGCCCGAGCGCCCGGAGCGGCCCGAGCCGAGGCGCCCGCCUGACGAGGUAAUACAUACAUACAUGCGGUCUCCGACGCCGCCGCCGCGCCACAGCCCCGAGCGGCGCCGCGCCGACCGGCCCGAGCGCCCGGAGCGGCCCGAGCCGAGGCGCCCGCCUGACGAGGAGAGCGAAUACCGGCGGCGCGUGCGCGAGCAGGAGAGCCUGCGCGAGCGCGUGCUGCGCGCCAAGGAGGUGCGCCGCAGGAAGAACGCCGUGCAGCUGCAUAAGCAGCUGCAGGACAAAGAGCGCGAACGCAACGAAACCAAAGAUCCCAAGCCUGAUCCGACGCCAGAAAGUAAACCUGUUGCUUCCCCCGACAAACCUUCAACUACCAGCCCAGAGCUAGAUAAACCUGAUACGACACGGUCUUCCCCGGAAAGGAAGGAAAAAUCUGAAGUUGUGAAGAGAGACCGGUCUCCAGUGAAGGAGGAAGAGGCGGAAGUCAAUUCCACUUGCGAAAACCUGACGCCACCUUGCGCGUCGCCCUCGCGCGCCCUGACACCGCCGCUGCCCGCCCUCAGCAGGGAGCUGCCCGCCCUCAGCAGGGAGCUGCCCGCCCUCAGCAGGGAGCUGCCCGCCCUCAGCAGGGAGCUGCCCGCCCUCAGCAGGGAGCGGCGCUGCAGCGAGGACGACGACCUCGCCUUCCUGCUCGGCGACAUCGACGACAUGCUCAGCGACGACGAGGACAGCGGCCGCUUCAAGGAGAAACCUAACAAAGAGGAGGUAGCCCCGCCCAAGCCGGCGCUGGACCUGCGCUCCAAGCUGCCGCCGCGCCCGCCGCGCCAGAAGAUCGUCUUCGACGACGACAAGCCCAAGAAGAGGAGAGAAAAAUCUUCUCCAGCUAAGAAACCGACUGUGACAAGCUCUACCAAAAUCGAUACUGAGAUUCCUCAGAAAAAAGUUGUUAAGCCGAAACAAACGAUGGAUCCGAGUACGAACAAAUCUCGACAAAGAAUAAUAUUUGAAAACAAAGAGCUUGAAAAAGAAAAAGAGGAGGACAAAUCCAAGGCAUUCACGCGCCGCGUCGUCCUACAGCGUAAAGUGACACAGAGUAAAGAGAAGUCCGUGUUCUCGCGCAUCGAGGUGAACGACCCCAGCAAGCCCAACCCGGGCAUCUUCAGCCGCGCCGUGCGCACCGCCAUCGGCUCCGACAAGCCGCGCAUCGUGCUCAAGCGCGACGAGCCCGAGAUCGAGUACGACAGCGGCUCCGACGACGAGCGCCUGCUCGACCAGCACGGCGGCCUCGUCGCCGCCGUCUCCAACCUGCCGCACGGCAUGACCGACACCAGGUUGAAGACGUUGGCGGGCAGUGACGUGCAGAGCUUAAUUUUGGACAAGGAAGAUCGCAGCGCCAAGAUCACUUUCAAGAGCACCGUGGCGGCCGGCGCCUUCCGCAAGAAGUUCAACAACAAAAUGGUGGCCGCCAGCCGCCUUACCGUCACCUUGCUUUAGUCACACUACUUCUUACCUUAUUUCAAUACAUUAUAUGCUAUUUUGACAUUUAAUUGCGAAGUUUGAUUGUAUUCUAGAAUUAAUUAAAUCAUUUAAUAAAAACUAUUUAGAGGCACAACUAUUUCAAUCAGUUGUACCUAUCUAAAUGUCACCUAGAUGUAUCUAACAUAAUAUUGAUUUUAAGAUAGUAGGACGUAGGUUCUUCUUUUUAUCAGAUAUAUAUAUUUUUCAGAUAUAUGUAACACUUUAACACCAAAGUGAGAUGUGCUGUAAAAUAAAAUAACAUUUUUAAGAAACCUUUAAUAAAAGAAUGUAUGUACCUAGUAAAAAAAAUAUUUUUAUGUAAAUUGUUAUUUACGUCUGCUUUUACCAAACCCAACACUGACUUGGAAUCAAUUUUUGAAGUGUAUACUGAAAUUCAUUACAUGGUCAUAUUAUAACGUUGUAUGUCAUAUUAUAACCAUUUUAGUAUUCGAAAGAAUAUAUAUAAUAGAAUGAAUAGUAAAAACAUUAAUAUUCGUCAACAACGCCCAACAGACAGAUUUUGUAAAAUUAAGCCUUAGGGCAAUCUAAUUCCAAUAAACUUUUGGGUUAUUACUGACGUCUGAUGAAACAUUAUAGACAUUUUUUUAUUAGUUCCUAGAUCAUUGUAGUAUUAUCGCAUUUUUUGUCUUUGCGAAAAUUAUGGCACACAAGUAUAGUACAUUACUACAAUUCAUCUGUUUUGCAUAAGUGUGCGAUUAAAACACAAAUACUAAUAAGAGGUUAGGCCUCAUUACGUGGCUUUUGGUGACGCAUAGCUUAAUUGUGUCAUGUUACAUUGUUAUAAGGCAUGUAUGUUGUCCAACUCAAAUCAUGAAAAAAAUGUAUGUUUUGCAUAUUUUAUGGUCUAAUUUCCUACUGUAUUGUACAUAUCUUAAUGUAGGUAAAUUACCUCUAGUUUAUGAUUGACAGGUGUUUUUAUCCAUUAGAUUUCCAGUCUUAGUGCAUACUUAACAAGGUCGAUAUUUAUAACCCAUUGCCCAAUAGUUUGAGGCUUGUAAUAUGACGCCAAAUUUUUUUCUGCCUAAAUAUACUUAAAUCGUGUGUCAAUCGCAAAUUAGUUGUAACCAAGUUAUACAUGUACCAUUCAUUCAGUAAGAAUAUAUUUGAAUUUCUAUGUUAAUGUAUAGAAUACGAGUUUGUUUCAUAAGAUUUAGCGAAUCUAUUUUUUCAUAGCUAUCUGCACACCAAUAAGUAAAUCGUAUUCGGUCUCAAAAUAAAUACUAAAUUUGUAUUAGUAACUCAAACUAGGUCUAUUCCUUUCUUACCAAUUUAUUAAAGGGCAUAGCUAUUUUUAUUUGACAAAUGUUAUUUCUCAGUCUCAGUCCGAAUAUAAAAGUAACAUAAAUAAAGUUUAUUUAGAUGACUAUAAUUAUUUGUGCAAAAUUAUUUAUUAGUUUAUAGUUCAUACAAUAAUUUGUUGUAUCUAGUUUAACAAAAAUAUUAACAAAAAAUGGUUAACACUUAAAAUAAAUAGUGAGUAUUGUGUUUGUAUCUGUUACAUAAAUUGUAUAUCAAUCAUGACACUUAAGAAUAGUUGCUGUGCCUCGUUAUGUUUUGCUAUGAAGUUUAGCAACAAUACACAUUAUAAUUUAUAUUUUGGAUACCAUCAUUUCGUUAAUUCAGUGUGAAGAUGAAAGUUGCAUUUAUAAAAAAAGUUUACAACGUGUCUCUGUUUCUGGGCACAACUACAAAAUGUCAGUGAAUGUAGGAAGAACGAUAUUGAUUCCGUAUUAUUCCAGCAAUUACCUAAUCACUUUAGCACGGCUGCUGUGGAUUUUUAAUAAGCACCACGCUUGUUUUCGUUGCAACGACUACUGUAGUCUGUGUUACUGCGUUAAUACAAGUACUAUAUUCGAUUUAUCAAUUAAUUGAUAAAACGUUACAUAGAGUUUUAUUGAUUGCAUGAUUUGUCCAAAGGCUUACGUUGUAUACCUCAUUCAAUUAACCCUUUACCAGGCCGCACAAAUCUACAAGGUUUUCCCAAGAAAUCCAAAUAUAUUCCAAUUAAUCCAGGUUUGAUGAUUCAUUUGAAGACAAGUAACAUUUCCUGAAAGUGUAAUCUAAUUUGAACCUUAAAUCGGAAUGCUUAAGUUGAAAUUCUAAUGGCGCGUGUGUGGUCGAUAAAUCGUACUAUGCCUGGAAAAGGGUUAACUGUCAACAGAACGUGCAAUUAGCUAUUUUUAUAUAAUUUAGUUUGCAGGGACUAUUCGACUUUAGUUUAAUGUCAAUAUGUUAGAUUUUAAGACGUUUGAUUUUGUUGUAAAGCAUUAUGAAAAUGCAAGUUUUUAAUGUAAGUUUAAAAUAUAUCUUGCUGUGAGGAGACAGACAAAGAACAUUUGUGUCAACACGAAGUUAGUGUUGCAUUAGGCGUACAGAUGUAAUACAUAGUUGCUUCCACAUGUAACCGCUGUUCAAUAAACCAGUAUGUUCA